AUGGACGCAGAUAUUGGUGUUAUUAAUCCAAAUCAUUCACUAGAAGAAUUUUUGGAAAGAAACGAAGAUUUCGAUUUAAUUUUUUAUGAAAGGAUUUUUAAUGGGGAAAUUAUGGCUGGAAGUUAUAUUUUAAAAAAUACUCAAUUUACUAGAGAAUUUCUUUAUUUUUGGGCUGAUUAUUAUUUUAAAGUGCCUAAAAGUUUUCAUGGAACAGAUAAUGGGGCAAUACAUUCAGUAUUUCUCGAUUUAUUUUGUGAUCAUUCUAAUGAAAAUUGUUCUGAAAAAAGACGGGUUUGUUCACAUCUCUGGAAUGUUUCUCUUGAUUUUGAUACUCUAUUACCUUUUACUUUGUGUGCCAAAUAUAUACUUGGAGCUAGAAAUGUAUUUACUAAUUCAAUUUCUGAAACAAAAUUAAAUAGUACAGGAAAGGUGCUUCUACUGACUGAUUUUAGGCAAUAUUGGGCAAGAGAUGGCUGGUUAACUGGAAAUUGCUGGUCAUCAAGGGAUUUUUUAAUUCAUGGAUGGCAGAGUCGUCGUUUAAAUCGACAAACUUUUGCCGGUUGGAAUUCACCAUUUUCUUCUGAAAAAGUUCAAAAUCAAAGAAAAAAUUGUUCUAACCCAAUGGCUGCUUUUAACGAAUGGCCAUAUAAAAAUACUUUUAUUUGGACAAAUGAACAAAUUGAAAAUGAGAUUGAAAGGAUAAUUAAAGAAAGGAAUAUUAAACAUAUGGGGAUUUUGAUGAACGAAGUUAUUAACAAAAAAUAUUGAAAAUUUUUUUGAUUUUUUUUCAAGUGACGGGUUAUAUAUCAACUUGAUAGAAUACUCUAGACAAUUUUUGCCCAAAAAUAAUUUAUAGUUGUUACAUUUUGAGUUAUGUUGUUGCUUAUAAAUAUCACCGCAUUCAUUUUAAUAGAAUGACAUCCAUCAUAUCCUCUCGCAUCACUUUUGAUAACCCGCUAUCCCUCCAAAUUCUGAAUUUCUUUUUUUCAUAAUACCUGAAAUUUGUAAUUCUAUUGGAUCUGUUUUAGGAGUCAUAUUAACAUCGAUCCUCACGAGGCCUCGACAUCGUGCCAUUC